UUGCUGCAGGAGCAGCCGGUGCAUGGGCAGUGCACGGGCACCGGCAGGAGCACGCUGCGCACCCCCGCCACGGGACCGCACUCGCCCCGCGCGCGGAACGCCCCUCCGGAGCGGAGGAUGAGCCGACAGCCCCGGCGCGGAGCGCGGCACGACGCCCGCCGAGCCGGCCCGGCGCGGCGCUGAGCAUCGCCCACGAGCCGUGUCGGGGUCCCGCCGAGCCCCCCGCGGGUGGGUGCCCCCGGCAUGGACGGCCGUGACUUCGCUCCCCCGCCGCGGCUGCUGUCGGAGCGGGGCAGCCUGGGCCACCGGCACGGCACGGGGCGCGUGGCGGGGUCGGCACACGGGGCCGUGCAGCCCCCCGGACACUUCCAGCCCACCAAGUACUUCCCGGCGCCCAUCUCCAUGGCCACGCACACAGCCGGCAGCAGCCUGAUGGGCAGUGCCCCCCCCUCCUCCUUCAUGGGGGGCUUCCUGAGUGGCAGCCUGGGCUCGGGGGGGCCCAGUCACCCCGCUGGCCCCACCGCCUCCCCCCCAGAACCGGCCUUCUGCGGGCCCCACUCCGGCACCUCCCAGAUCUGGUUCUCCCACUCCCACGAAGCCCCGGGGUACCCCCGCUUCUCCGGGAGCUUGGCCUCCACCUUCCUGCCCAUGGGUCACCUGGACCACCACGGCAAUGGCAACGUGCUCUACGGCCAGCACCGUUUCUAUGAGAGCCAGAAAGAUAACUUCUACCUGCGGAACCUUCCGGCGCAGCCCCCCCUGCUCCCCGCCAGCCACGGCUUCCCCGGCAUCGCCCGCGCCGCCCCCGGGCCCCCCGCCGGCUCCUGCAGCCGGGAGCGGGACGCCGGCCCCCUCCCCAAGACCCCCAAGGACUACGAGCGCUUCCUGGCGGGCAAGGAGAAGGGGGGCAAGGGGGACCCCAAGGAGCGGCUGCCCGAGGAGGAUCCCAAGGAGCGGCACAAGGCGGUGCUGCCGGUGCCGCCCGAGGGGCACUGCAAGGAGGGGGUGCCGCUGCGGGGAUCCGGCGACGGGCGCCCCAAGCCCCUGGCAUCGUGCCUGCUGGGGGCCAAGGGGCUGGACGGGGACGGUGCCCGCGCCGCGCUGCCCAGCUGUGCCGGGAGCGCCCUGCCCCGCGCCGCCCGCUGCGCCCCCAAGGAGCGGGAGCCGGGGGUCCCCGAGGCCCCCCAGCCCUACGGCGAGGCGGUGGAGCGGCGGCAGAUGCUGCACCACGCCGUGUCCUACGCCGUGCCCGCCGCCGGCUCCUUCCCCUGCCUCCCGCUCCACGCCGGCCCCGAGGUGCUGUGCCCGCUGCCCGAGCCCCCCGCCCGUGAGCUGAAGCUCAGCGGGGCUACGUUGGUGCCCUCGGUGGGGCCCCCGACGGACAAGAGCCGCUCCUUCCAGGCGGAAUCCGGCGGGAUGGAGCGCGGGGACGGCAAGGAGCGGCACGCCGAGGCGGCCACCGAGCCCUACGGUGCCCCCUUCCACCACCCGCUGAAGGCCGAGGGGCCGGCGGAGCGGCGGCUGGAGUGGGGGGCUGCGGGCACCCGGCUGAAGGGGCUGGAGUACCUGGGGGGCGGCGCAGCCGAAGCACCCCCCUUCUCCGGCCGGUGCCCGGCGCCCAAGGCGGGUCUGGAGAAGGGCUACUUCGAGGUGCCGCCGGCCCCCGACUGCUCCCGCGCCCCCCGGCCCGACCCUCUGGGCGUCCGCGUCGGCCCCUCCUGCUGCACUUUAGAGAAGGGCCCCCCCAAGGACCCCCCGGCACAGAAGGUGGCUCGGAUCCGGCACCAGCAGCACCCCGAGGCGGAGGCGGCCGAGGGCAAGCGCAAGCCCCUGGAGUUGGGUGGCCUGGGGUACGGCGGGCACCCCCUGCCCCCCUGGGGGGUGCAGGGCCAGGGGCCCCCCCUGGCUGUGGCUGAGGAGAGGAAGGGGGGGCCCUACCUGGACCCCUUCGGGGCGGGGCUGGUGCGGGCGCAGGAGGUGCCCAACGCCCCCGACGAGGUGUCGGCCAUGAAGAACCUGCUCAAGUACAGCAACGGGGCGCUGCUGGGGGGGCAGAAGGGCCCCCCAUUCGUGGGGCUGGGCAGCGCCAAGGGCAGCUGCGCCCACCAGGAUGCCAAAUUCCCAUCGGGAAAGGGACAGCCCGAGCUGGAGCGGCCGGACUGCGCCCGCGGCCGGGAACACGAGGGGUUGGGCCCCGGCGGCACCGAGGGCGAGGUGCGGCAGCCGCCCGUGGGCAUCGCGGUGGCCGUGGCGCGGCAGAAGGACACGCUGGGCCGCCACGAGCCCUACAGCACCGGCGGCAGCGGGCGGCAGCGGGCGGCGGCUGGAGUCAAAGCAGGCACCGCGCGACCCGUGCACCUGAUGGAGCUGGAGGCGGAGGAGGAGCGGGGCCGGCUCUGCGAGGAGCGCCUGGGGCUGCCCGGGAGGGACAUCCUGCUCCAGGACAACAAGGACCUGGUGGAGUUUGCCCGGAUGCACCCAUCGGGGGGGUGUCCCGGGGAGCUGACCCCCCACCUGAUGAUGACGGGGGGCUCGUCGCUGCCGGCGGGGCAGCUCGGGGGGGACCCCGCCGCCCACGCCCACCCUGCGCACACGCACUGGCUGCCCCGCACCCGCAGCCCCUCCAUCUGGAUGGGGGGACACUCCUACGGCAUCGGGCACCCCGCCCUGCACCAGAACCUGCCCCCUGCCUUCCCUGCCUCCAUGCCCAGCGCCAUGCAGCCCGUGUUCCCCCUCGCCCAGGACCCCCCUGCCCAGCUCGUCAUCCUCCCCACGGAGCCCCCCACCCACGGCACCCCCCACACGCUGGCUGACGUGAUGGACCAGGCAUCGCUGUGGCCCCCCAUGUACCCAGGCCGGGGCCCUGGUGCCCACCUGCAGCACACGGGGCAGCUCCCCGUGUACCCACGGUCGCAGUUCCUGCGGCAGCAGGAGCUCUAUGCCCUGCAGCAGCAGCAGCAGCAGCAGCAGCAGCAGCAACAACAACGGGCGGCCCAGGCCCUCGAGAUCCAGCGCCAGGUGCACGGCCAGCGGAAGCCAGAGGAGCAGCCCCUGGAGCUGGAGGAGAGGGGUCCCGAGAAGCCCCUCAAACCCUCCCACAAAGCAGUUGCCUUAAACCCCCCGGCCAAGGGUUUGACCUCGGCGGCCCCCGGGGCGGCGCCGGCCGGGGGCGGCACCGAGGAGCCCUUCGGGGGACACCGGGAGGUGGCUCAGGGAGCGCCGGAGCAGCCGGAGCAGCAGCACCCCGUGCCCGAGGCGGGGGGCUCCCCGCUGCCCCCCACUGUGGAGGAGGAGGAGGAAGACGAGGAGGAAGAAGAGGAGGAGGAGGAGGAAGGCGACAGCGAUGGCUCGGAGCCAGAGGGCAGCUGCGAUGAGGAGGAGGAGGAGGAGGAGGAGGAGGAUGGUGACAUCCCCAGCGGGCACCAAAGCUGCUCGGGUGGGCUGGAGGCGCUGAUCGCCGCCGGCAUCGACCUGGGGGAGCUGCCGGCGCUGGAGGAACCCGAGGAGCCCCCCCCGGCCCCCCCUUCGCCUGCCCCCCACCCCUCAGGGAUCCCCGGCAUCGCCCUGCUCAGCGAACUCGCCGAUCUGGAGCUGCGCCGGCGCCGCUGUGACCUGGCCAGGGAAGGUGAGGAUGAGGAGCUGCUGGCCUUCAACCUGCAGAACCUGGCCACGGUGGCGGCCGCCUGGUCGCUGGUGGAGGCGGCAGGGCGGGAGGGCAGCCCCCCCGCGCUCAGCCCCCUGCCCGUGUCCCCCCCGCCCCGCGCCCGCGUCCCCCGGCGCAAAUACACCUGGACCCCCAAGACCAAGGCCGUGUGCCCUCUGAAGGCGGCCAUGGAGCAGCUGAACACGCAGGAGGUGGAGGUGCGGAUGCGCCUGGCCGAGCUCCAGCGCCGCUACAAGGAGAAGCAGCGGGAGCUGGUGAGGCUGCAGCGGCGCCACGACCACGAGCGUGAUGAGAGCUCCCGCAGCCCGGCACGGCGAGGGCCGGGGCGGCCGAGGAAGAGGAAACACUCCAGUGCCCUGGGCAGGGCUGAGAGCCGCAAGGUCAAGGCGGUGAAGACCAGCCUGUCCCUGCUGUGUGCUGAGCUGCGGGGGGACCCCGAGCCCCAGAAGAAGAGGAGCAAACUGGCGGGGGGGACCUUCGGCAGCCUCCAGAGCUCCCCGCUGAAGCAGAAGGUGAAGGGCAAGGGGCUGCCCCCCGGGCUCAGCCCCUUCCGCCGGAGGGACCCCAACCCCGGUGCCCGCAUCCAGAAGAAGCUGAACCGGCCCAAGGGCUCCAAGGGCUCCAAGUACCAGGGGCAGGACCCCGGUCCCCGGCAGCCCCCCCACUUCAGAGACGAGCCUGAGGGUGACACGGACAGCGAGGAGGGGGACGAGGAGCCGGGGCUGUCACUGGCCGCGGGGCCCGUGGCUGUGCUGGGGCCAUCCCCGUCCUCCGUGGUGAAGAUGGAGGCCAACGAGAAGGCCAAGAAGAAAAAGGAAAGGCAGGGGCUGCUAGGUCCCUGCCGCCUGGGCAGCCCCGAGGGGGAGGUGAAGAUCAAGCGGCGGCCGGUGAAGCCGGGGGGAGCCGGGAAGCUGGAGAAGGUGCCGGGCCGGCGGAAGGCGGGGGGCUGCCCCGAGGGCAGCAAGAAGAAAAUGAAAGCCAAGGCCAAGGAGAGCCUGCGGCCCCCAGCCCCCGGCGGCCCCAGCCCCCCGGGACCCCCCAGCAGCCUCUUUGGGGGCACCGACCCCCGGCUGUUGGGGCCGCGGGACGAGGGGGCUCGGCUGGGAGAGAGGGGCAAGAAGGGCACCCGCAAGAGCAAAGGGCUGCAGGCGGCCCUCAGGCGCAAGAACGGAGCGCUCUCGCUGGCCCUCUCCCCCCGGAGCGCCAAAACCAUCCUGAGCAAGGGCAAGAAACUGGCCAAGGUCAAAAGCAAAGUGGCCACCAAACAGUGCAAAGGCCGGGCUGUCAGCAAACUCCUGGAGAGCUUCACCGUGGAGGACGACUUCGACUUCGAUGACAACAGCAGCUUCUCGGAGGAGGAGGAGGAGCUGGGGGGCUGCCUGGCAGGGGGGGCACGCGGGGGGGUGCCCCACGCCUGCGCCAUCCAGAAGGAGGAUCUGCGGGAUGGGCUGCACAUCCUCAUCCCCAAGGAGGACAGCCUGCUGUACGCCGGCAGCGUGCGCACCAUCCAGCCCCCCGACAUCUACAGCAUCAUCAUCGAGGGUGAGCGGGGGAACCGGCAGCACAUCUACUCGCAGGAGCAGCUGCUGCAGGAGGCGGUCCUCGACAUCCGGCCGCAGUCACGCCGGAGCCUUCCACCCGGCACCCGCGUCUGCGCCUACUGGAGCCAGAAAUCCCGCUGCCUGUAUCCGGGGAAUGUGGUGCGAGGAUCCUCCAGCGAUGAGGAGGAGGAGGACGCCGAGGCCGUGCUGGUGGAGUUCGAUGACGGGGACACGGGACACAUCGCUGUGUCCAACAUCCGCCUGCUGCCCCCUGACUUCAAGAUCCAAUGCACCGAGCCCUCCCCGGCACUGUUGGUGUCCAGCUCCUGCCGGCGAGCAAAGCGGGCGUGUGGCGACGUGGGCACCCCUGGGGCGCUGCCCCCCACGCUCUGCCCCGACCACGGCCCCCAGCCCCCCCGGAAUUCCGGCAGGAAGGCGGCCAGCAAGGAGAAAAGUGGCAAAGCCGUGGAGGGGCUGUCGGGGGGCCGGGGGCCGGCGCUGGCUGACACCGCGGCCGGGCGGCGCGGAGGGUCCCUGCUCAGCUGGGCCGCCGUGGCACAGACCAAGCGGAAGGCGGCGAACAAGGGCUCGGCCGUGCUCCAGAACCUGUUCCAGGUUAACGGCAGCACCAAGAAGCUGCGGGCCAAGGAGACCCUCUUCCCUCUGCACCACCACCACCACCACCUCACCGCCCCCGUCUUCGGCAACGCCUUCGGUGCCGACUCCUUCGGCCGCAUCGCCAGCUCCUACGGCUCUUUCGGUGCCGGUGCCGGGCUGGUGCUGCCGGCGGCCCAGAAGCUCCUGCGCUCCAAGAAAGCCGAGCGGCUGGAGGCCGAGGUGGGCAGGAGCGGGCGCAGGAAGGCGGCGGGCAGCGAGUUCCUGGUCAAGCUGGACCACGAAGGGGUGACGUCCCCCAAGAACAAGACGUGCAAGGCGCUGCUGUUGGCCGAGAAGGAUUUUGGGGCCAGGCUGGAGCGGCCGCUGGGCAGCCACGGCUACGGACACGCUGGCCUGGGCGGCCGGGAGCGCAGGGGCCGCGCGGCCGCACACCCGCUGCCCGUGGGGCUGGCGCUGCGCAAGUACUCGGGGCACGGGGACUUCGCCCUGAACUGCGACAGCGACUGCCACAGCUCCUACUCGGACAUGGACGAGGACGAGGACGCGGGCGGGCUCAGCGCCGACGUCCCCUCGCGCUUCAUGACGCGUCUUUCCGUGUCCUCCUCUUCCUCGGGCUCCUCCACCUCGUCCAGCUCCGGCUCCAUCUCCACGUCCAGCCUGUGCUCCUCGGACAAUGAGGAUUCCUCCUACAGCUCGGAGGACGAGGACUCGGCGCUGCUGCUGCAGACCUGCCUGUCGCACCCGGUGCCGGCGCUGCUGGCGCAGCCGGACGCGCUGCGGCCCAAGGGCGCCGCGCCCCAGCGCUGCUUCCUGUCCAAGGCGGCUGCUGCCGGCCCCAAGGCCAAGCUCAAGCGCAAGGAUCCCCUCAGCUUCGCCAAAGCCAAAGAGUUCUCCCGGCGGCAGCGCCUGCCCUCGGUGGAAAACCGGCCAAAGAUCUCCGCCUUCCUGCCUGCGCGCCAGCUCUGGAGGUGGUCGGGGAACCCCACGCAGCGGCGCGGCAUGAAGGGCAAGGCGCGGAAGCUGUUCUACAAGGCCAUCGUGCGGGGCAAGGAGACGCUGCGCGUGGGCGACUGCGCCGUGUUCCUGUCGGCCGGGCGGCCCAACCUGCCCUACAUCGGCCGCAUCGAGAGCAUGUGGGAGUCCUGGGCCAGCAACAUGGUGGUCAAGGUCAAGUGGUUCUACCACCCCGAGGAGACCAAGCUGGGCAAGCGCCAGAGCGACGGCAAGAACGCGCUGUACCAGUCGUGCCACGAGGACGAGAACGACGUGCAGACCAUCUCGCACAAGUGCCAGGUGGUGGGGCGGGAGCACUACGAGCAGCUGACGCGCGGCCGCCGCUGCCAGGACCGCCAGGACCUCUAUUACCUGGCAGGCACCUACGACCCCACCACGGGGCGCCUGGUGACCGCCGACGGGGUGCCCAUCCUGUGCUGACCCCUGGGGUGCCCAUCCUAUGCUGACCCCUGGGGUGCCCAUCCUGUGCUGACCCCCGGGGUGCCCACCCUGUGCUGACCCCCGGGGUGCCCACCCUGUGCUGACCCCGCCCUGCUCUUAUGCAAAGGGUGACAUUUGGGGACAUUGGGGGCACAUCAGGGGACGUGGUGGGGGAGGGGGGCUCCCCUACAAGCCAUAACUUUCCCUAGUACCUCUGACUGUUUGCCAGCAGGUGAAGCAGAAAUCAGGUGUGUUGUUCUAUUUAUUUUGCCUGUAAAUAUUGUAUUUCUUCCGGGAAGUUUUAUGGAAAAGCGAGAAAGGAAAAAAAAAAAAAAAUAACCCCGACAACUACAACAACAACAACAAAAAAAAAAAGACAAAAAAAUGAUGAAAAAAAAAUCACAAAAAAAAUAAUAAUAAUCCUCGGGGAAGGGGGCAGGGUGGGGGGCGUUUCAGUGCACUGUGUCCCCCAGCCUGGGGGGACGGGGACAGCGGGGAGCGCUGUACAGAGGGGGCCAGGGCGGGGGGCUCGGCCCCGGGCGGGGGGCCCAGCGCCGCCGUCCCCAGUGCAAUAGUGGGGUGACCGCGGGGGGGACACCCCGGGGGGACCACGGGGACCCCGCGGGGCCGGCGGACGCUGGCCCGUCCCGCCGCCGCUGCCUGGAAAAUAUGUACAGGGGCUUUUCCAGUGUAAACACUAAAAUACAAAACAAAACAAAAAAAAUCCCAUAAAACAGGAUUAAAAAUAAAAAAAAUAACCCAAAAGGACAAAAAAAAAAAAAAAGGAGCAAAGGGUUAAACAAAGGUUUUAUGAGCCGCCAUUCCUGUAAAGGCCUUUUACUAUGGAACUUUUUUAUGGAUAACUUGGCUUAUGAAUAAAUAUAUGAACCGUU